CCGAGUCAGCGAGGCGGGGCUAGAGUGGGCGGGACCUGAGAGACCAUGGAGAAGGAUUCGAAUUCUGGAGGAUUUAAAUCGCUGAAGGAGAGUUCGCUGCGACCCUGUAGGUAGGAGAGUCUUUCCUUCCGGCUGACGCCGGGUGGGCGUGCUAGGGGGCGAGGACCCGGUGUUCGAAGAGUCUACGCUCGUUCCGCCUGAGCGGCAGUGACAGUUCGUGCUGACGGUUGUUAUUGUUGUUUACUUGUCAUUGCCCCUUGAUCUGUGGACUAUGGCAUCAGCAAUCUGCACGGGGCACGCCAGUAGGGUGGCUCAGAUGGGACGUGGGGUCAUUCCUUCCGACCUGCGGGGUCCGCCUCGGGUGAGGGCUGCCGAGAGCCGGGUGUCUGCGCGGCCUUGCGAUCUCUCCGUCCGUGUGACACCUGAAAGAGGGUGAGCUCUCAUCUAACUAGAAAGCUUGCUUUCUUACUUCCCCAAACUCUGAAGAGGAAGUCCUCUCUUGAACUCGAACACUGAAAUUCUAACCAUUGUAACUAGUUGGGAUGAUGAACAGCCAAAUGAAUGGGAGCAUCUGUGGGCCUGGCAAGUCCAGAAACAAAUAGGUUACUUAUGAGGAUCAUUUACUAAAAUAUCAAGCUAUGAAGAAAAACUCCCAGAGGAACCAGCAUUCAAGAGAAUUGAGCUCAGUGGAUGCUGAGAAGGAAAAAAAAGAGAAUCAAAAUAACUUUGUUGAACUGCUGCCUCCAGAAGUUACUUUUAAAAUUUUCAGUCAGCUGGACAUCCGGAGUUUGUGCAGGGCUUCUAUGACCUGCAAGAGCUGGAAUCAAACAAUAAGACACAGCGACUCCCUGUGGAAACCUCAUUGCCUGACUGUGAGAGCUGUGUGCCAAAGAGAGAUAGAUGAUGAUCUAGAGAGUGGUUAUCCCUGGAGGGUAAUACUCCUGAGGAAUUACCAGAAGAGUAAAGUGAAACAUGAAUGGCUAAGUGGCAGAUAUAGCAACAUAUGUUCUCCCAUUAGCCUACCAGAAAAAAUCAUGUACCCAAUGGAUGCGGACACAUGGGGAGAAAUUCUAGAAGCAGAACUUGAAAGAUAAGAAAAACCACACACAGGUCUCCUGACUUUGAGAGUUUAAAAUGAAAAUGACUCUUAGGUUAUAAAAAAUAUAUCUUUAUCCGUCCAUUUUUUGUUUGCCUUUUUACUAUUUAAUACUUCAAAGAAAACUAAGUAUAAAAUAUUAUAAAAAUAGAACUUUGUUUUUAUUGUGCACUUUAGUUUUAAAAUGUUUCUGGUUUUACUGUAAUGUGGAAAAUCAUGAGCUGUUAUUUAUUAUAAGAAAUACUAUAUUGAUAGGGUGAUUUCAGAAUGUAUUGUUUCAUGUAUUUGUGUUAGUCUGUUGCAGUUCUUUAAUGAUAAGAGUUUGAUUGGUAUUUUCUGCUUCAUGAUUAUUCAGAAAUUCAGGAAACCAUUUGAAGAAACUGACUUAGAGACUUAUUCUUUAGCAGACAUAUCUAGGGUCAGAGAAGAUCCCUAAGUGAAAUUAAUAGCAAUAUGUUUAAAUGUAUAACAAAUUUAUAUUUCAGUCACUUUAAAUUUUCUAUUUCAGUGGAAUCAGAUUGAAUUGUCAAGCAUUAAAAUCCUUUGUAAAUGUG